AUGCCCGCCGUCGCGCCCUUCGCGCCCCGCGCGUGCCACGUCUGCCGCCCCAGCGCCCGCCCCGUGCGCCCGCACCCGCGCGUCGACGCCGCCCGCGCCUCCGUUCGCGGCGUUCGUCGAAGGGACGACGGCGUCGACCGCGAUCUCGCGCGACGACGCCCGGGCGCGGGCGAGGGAGCCGUCUCCGAGGCGUCGACGGAAUACACCGAGGCGGAUGCCGAGCGAAUGCGCCGCGCGCUCGCGCUCGCCGCCACCGCCGCGGGCAAAACCUUCCCCAACCCCGUCGUCGGCUGCGUCAUCGUCGACGAACGCUCCGGCGUCGUCGUGGGAGAGGGGUACCACCCGAAAGCUGGCGAGCCACACGCCGAGGUUUUCGCGCUGAGAGCCGCGGGGGCGAACGCCAAAGGGUGCACCGCGUACGUCACGCUGGAACCGUGCGACCACUUCGGGCGGACGCCGCCGUGUUCGAGGGCGCUGGUUGACGCGGGGGUGACGCGGGUGGUUGUGGGUUUCGUGGAUCCGGAUCCGAGGGUGAGCGGCGGGGGGAUUCGGACGCUGCUCGACGCCGGCAUCGAGGUUUGCGUGGGCUGUUGCGAGGAGGAGUGUCGGGAGAUCAACGCUGAUUUCAUCGCGAGGAACACGCGGUGA